AUGCGUCCGAAGUCACCGUUGAUUCGUUGGUAUCGGCGUCCAGGCGCCCGCUGCCGCCGCCUCAACGCCGUGGCCAGCCUUGCAGCCAUGCCGUUCCAGCACUCCCAUGGCACUGCUGCCUCGACGCAGCUUCUGUCGGCCUCGACCAGCGAGCUCAGCAAGUCCGGCUUUUCUGCGUUUCCUCCUGCCAUCGCGAGCAAGUCGGCGCUGGCCGACCCGUCUUCCAAGUCGCACUCCGACCAGCGAGCUUCAUCCACAGCCCCUGCUCGCAAACAGCACCACGUUUCGUUCAAGGAAGAUUCUGAGCCAUCCGCAAAGAACGCAAAGCAGAGCGGCCGCAAUCAACGCGUUUCUCAUUCGAGCUCUCGUCCAGACACAAGCGAUCUCAGGGACAGAGCAUCCGAGCAUGGCAGCUCUCGCCAUACUGCUUCGCGAGCUUCCUCUCGUCAAAGCCGUCGCGACGCAAGCGAACCCGAAUCGUCCAAAUCCGUGGCCAGCGAGGGUGCACCGAGCACCUCUUCUCGUCAGCGAAGGUCUCGCCACCGCUCCGACAAACGCCCAGAACGGUCGCACACUCCUGCUUCUGACCACGCAGCCAAGUCGAACACGGAAGAUGCGGGUCCUUCAAAUCCCCGCCGAGCGCCUUCUUCCAGAUCAGAGACGUCCACCUCCCCACACAAAAGAGACGCCAGGACGAAAGACGGGAGCAGCUCUGGAAAGCGCAGCCGACAGCCUUCGACACAGGGAGUACUCCCCGACCUCCGUGGGCCGGAAGCAUCCAGAUCCGAAGCGGGCUCACGCUCCCAUCAUUCGCACUCCAGCCGCCGGGACCGGUUUGCCCUCGCUCACGACGCUCGAAGUAUGCCUGGAGAAUCUUCGACCAGUCGAUCCAGCCGUCAGCUGUUCGAUCCGAGACGCGACGAUCCUGUCAAGUUCGCAUCGCAGCAGAGAGGCCACGGCGAUGCUCGUCCAAAUCCCGGUGCUCCCUCCCCUCAGCUCAACCAAGGACCCUCCUUUCAGCCCCAAAUUUUAAUGCGGAAGGAGCCCUCCAGCACCUCGAGCGGCAGUCAUCUCGGUCGUAGUCCCGUCAUCCGACCGUCUGUGUCCAAUAUGGCUCUGCGAACAGACCUGUCUGAUCCCAAGGCGCUCCAAGCCCACAUCGCUGAAAUCAAGAAAGUGUACCGAUCGCUGUCAUCCAUGGAAGCUAAUCUUCAAGAAUUGCAUCAGGCCGAGUUGGACAAAGCGCGACAAGGCAUGGCCGACUACACCCCACCAGAUACGCAGGAUGCCUCCUACUGGAUCGCCAUGAUCAGCAAGCAUCGUCAGCUAGCAGAGUUGCACUCCUCCUUUUUGGAAAUGUCUUGCCGGCCAGAGCUACCACGUGAACUUCAGCAGCUGGCCGAGGUUCGAAACAUACCAUCACGCUUGUGGCAAACGGCAUUCCAUCUCAUGCUCGAGAGCCUCCGCGCCAGCCUCUCUUCGGACCACCACCUGCAAACCAAACAGCGCAGGAGCGAGCUUCUCGAUCAUCUCACCGAAUUCAUUUACUAUGCCUACUCCUUCUACUCGGCCUUGCAGGAAUCGGAGCAGUACAAAAGCAUGCGUAGGGCAUGGAUCGAGAGUCUCGGCGAUCUCUCGCGCUAUCGCAUGGCCGUGGCGGGAUUGGCGUCCACCAUGGCUCUCGACGACGGAGAAGAAAAUGUUCGCAACCCGAGCGACAGCACCACGUUACCUGUCGACGCACGUAUCGACGACGACGAUAGUGACUCGGAAGGGCAAGCAGACGAUUCCGUGGAUCCCAGCCUAGCAAAUGAUUCGGAACACCACGCCCGCCAUCGGCUACAGCAUCACGUCGAGGAAAGCGCAGAACCUCGCAGACGCUACAACGCCGACGCUCGAGUGGACGCUGCACCGGCGAACGAAUUCGACAAAGCUAGCAUUGGUUCUGCAGCUCUUGGAGAUUGGGAGUGGACCGAGAAGGAAACCUGGCGUCAGACCGCUAAAGGCUGGUAUGCUAUGGGCAUCACAGAGACUCCCAACAUCGGAAGACUUCAUCACCAUCUCGGUGUUCUCAGCCGCGGCGAUAAUGAUCUCAGGGCUCUCUACCAUCUUACCAAGAGUCUCAUUGCCGCCAAGCCCUUCGCGUCGGCUAGAGACAGCAUCCUCACGCUUUUCAACCAGGAGCGACAGGCUCGUCGCGUGCGGCGAGACAGCUCGAUCGAGGAACUCUUCCUCCACCUUCACGGCAUCCUUAUCACUCGCGUACAGCUCGACGAUUUUGACCCCGUGUUUGAUCGCCUGAUGGCAAAGCUGACCAGGCUGCUGGAGCAGCAGGGCCCGGCGGGAUUACCACAAUCUGUAUGGACCAUGAUGGGCGCCGUCAACAUCGCGGGUCUCUAUCAGUAUGGAGCCGAUGACUCGGUUCUAGCGGAUCUGCUUUUGCAACAGUCCAACCAAUCGGGGGCGCGGCAGAACAAGACGCAUCGAUCCAGGGUCAACGCACCGACGGCGAUACUAGUGAGCUCGAACUUGGCAAAGACGGACGACAACUUCCUCAGCGAACUGCCAAGAGACGCCGAGUGGGACGAUCCCAGUGACGAUGAGUCAGAGGCCGGCGAAGAUAUUCAGAUGAUCUCCUUGGAGGCAAAGGGCGGCACUGAUGAUCAGGAUGCAGCUGAGGAGCUGCCUCAUGUUCUGGAGCGUGCUGCUGUGCUCUGUUUCGGCAUGCAAUCGCUCACCUUUGACCUUUCGAGCGCCGACGCCGCCUUUCGAUCCAAUCCCUACAACACGACGCUCAGCACAUUCCUGGUCUCCCUCUGCCAAUCCAAGAAGGCGUUCAGAAUGCUGGAGCGCUUCAUUCCUUGGCACUAUUGGCUGAAGCACAUCGAGGCGUCGAUCUCUCUGACCGAGCGCAACUGGCCUAAAUGCCUUUCGAGUUCGUACAUCACAGCGCAGCUGCUGCUUCCCGAGGACUUUUGCCUGCGUGGCAUCCUCGGCUUAUCGCGUCACCUAUAUGAUCGAAACCUUUGGCGGAACGCAGUCAAUGAUGGUGCCAUUGCAGCACCACAGGGCUUCGACAACGAGGUAGAGGUGCUUGAUGCCGACGAUGCUGAGCUGUACACGCGGACAGAGUCGGCAUGGCGCAUCGCAGCUUCUCGCAGAAAAGACGGCGGCGAUGCACCGACGUCGCUGGACACGGUUCGGGGAUACCGUCUUGCUUUUGUUGCUCGAAAGCUGGCCAAGGCAGCUCGCGGAUUCGAUCUGGACACCAAGUCUUCGACGUUGUCUCUGUCCAAGAUGCUGCUUGCUCGACUGACGAGGCGCAAGUUGGAGGAGGAACAGCUUGAGCUCGAGCGUCGUAUCCGGGAGCUUCAGUUGGUUGACUCUGUUAUGAGCGCUGCUACGGCACGCACAGAAGAUCAAGGUGUUGAUUCCGAGGACGAUGACGAUUUCGACAGUGACUGGGACUCGGACUCUGACAUUCGUCGAGGCAACGUCGUACCAGCAUCUACACACGAGAUUCUCGCAAAGUCUGACGCUGAAGGUCUCACCGAGGAGAUCAAAGCUCUGCAUGCUCGUAGGUGCUAUCUCCAAGACGUGCUUAAGAGCGUCGGUCAGAAGCUCUCGGGUCAACGCCCAGGUCAAUCCAAACAGACCAAGGGAAGCGAAGCAGUAGAGGGCCAGAAGAACGCCGUUGCUCAGGCAAAUGCAAGCGACGAUGCUGUACCGGGCUACACUGUCCUUGUUGUCGACACCAACAUCAUCGUAACGCCGGGUCAGGUCAUUGCGCAGCUGAUCGAAUCGCGACGUUGGACCGUCAUCGUUCCGCUGGCCGUCAUCACAGAACUCGACGGCUUGCGUCGCAACGACAACGAGCUCGGGAAGGAAGCCGAACGUGCCAUCCAGUUCUUGGAGUCGCGCAUCAAGAGUCACGCCAAAUACGUCAAGGUGCAGACGAGUCGAGGUAAUUAUCUGAGCGAUCUUUCGUGUCGAUGCGAGGAUAUUGACUUCACCUGGCAGGGCACGGGAGGUGCACAUACAACAGCAGCAGUGACGCCGGACGGAUCGCCUAGGUUGGAUGCUGCCGGUGCGGGCGACACAAAGUCGGUUGCAGCCAGGAAUGUCGACGAGGUCAUCCUGCGAAUCCUAGCAUGGCAGAAGGAGAAUUUUGUCGACCGUCGCAAUCUGUUGCAGACCAACAGCGGUGAAAGUGGGGAGAUCUUGCCAGCAUCAACGCAGAAGAGCGUGCUGCUGACGCUGGAUCGGAAUCUCCGUAUCAAGGCCAAGAGUCGUGGGUUGCCCAGCUUGGACGCGAAGGGCGCGGCUCGUCUUGUUGAUCUUGCUGCGUCGACCUGA